UGCUGUUGGGUUUACCAGUUGACUUUGCCUACGAUCUCCUUCCUUGAAAUCGUGGUAGUAUUUUGGUCUUUUGGCUGGAGUCGCUAUUCCAGCACGAACAAUGAACUGCGUUGUAUCGAAAUCUGUGUUGUUUAAAAUAUCACACAGGCAACAGUAAAAGCAGUUCCAGGAAGCUGAUCCAACAGCAGCGACGAGGAAAAUGCAGCUCGAGGAUUGUAAACAAUCUCAAACAAAGCGUGUUGUAGCUGGAAAUUUACAAUGUGUGCAGCCGUUUUGAUUAUGCGAUCGUUAAGUACAUUUGGAAAUGGUUUGUUGUGUUUGACAAAAACAAAUUUAACAUUUUGUAUAAUAUCUUGCUGAACGUGCUUACUUUGUACCGCUUUCUUUACCGAAGGUGUUAUCAAGAUAUGGGGAUUUGAAAAGAAUUUGUCGUAAUUUCAAUCCGAUGUUGUGAGUAAGUAAUAUAUUGGUAAAAUUUUCAAGCAAACAAUUUUAUGUAACUUUAUGCUUAAAAUGAACUGAAGCUAGCUUGUUUUUAGCUUUAUGAUUAUGUCUUUACUUAAUAGCAAUACUAAGUAUUUGAGUACAAAUUCAGCAAAUGUAUUUGAUUUAAAAAAAUCUUCCAACUGCAACAGGUAUUUUUUGAAAUGGCAAACAAACCGCCAAAUCAACCAAACUUCAUUGCUACCUGUCGCGACGGUCUAUUCUGUCAAAGGUGUCUUUGUUUACACACAAGCCAGUGGCGGAAUCUUCUCCCUCCUUAACGCAUUUUUGUUACAAUUUAGUAAAAAGUUUCACAUAUAUUAAAGCGUAUAUGGCCUAAAUUGCCAAAGCUAUAGAGAUUUGAUUCGCUGUAUCAAUGGCACAGUCAUCUUCCGGCCAGACGAAAACGAUGCUAGUAUGGCUCGACUACAGCCGGCACAUGCUGAGCACGCUGCAGGACAUUUACGCCGACCAGCAGUACACGGACUGCCGGCUGGUGGUGCCCGACGGUGAGCUGUACGCGAACCGUCCGAUACUGAGCAUGGCGUCCGGGCUGUUCGAGGCAAUCUUCACCAGCAUGGUCACGCUCACGAUGGACCCGUCCACGGUGCUCAUACCGGACAUGACGUUCGCCAACCUGCAGCGCGUCGUGCAGUUCAUCUACACCGGCCGGGUGACGCUGCAGCCGGACGAGGUCGUUCCGUUUAUGGAGGCGUGCGGGCUGCUGCAGCUCCGGGGCGUCGAAUGUUGCGGCAACCGCACGAUGGGCAUUUACAUUGACGAAUCGGGCCCGGAAGCUACGGCGGAGGACGGUGAUCCGUUCGCAACGGCCCCAGAAACGGAUCCGCUGCACAUCGACCACACCCGGUACCCCGGGGCGGUGGAAAAGGCUGAGCCGCCACCAUUAAAACUUAUUGAGCCGAAUCUCGAAUCUACGAGUGAGCUAUUUCCGGGCAAUAUCUGCAAAGAAGAGUUGAUGGUAUCGGACGAGGACAGUGCGGAGGAGGAGGAGGAGGAGGAGGAGGAGGGUGGUAAAAGUGACGCGGGCGAGGACAGCUCGAUGGACGACAGCACGGACAGCGAGCAGGAUGUGGAGCGGUGGAUGGCGCUGGUGAAGGAGGUUGGAGUGGUCGACACGAGCCACCCGGGAGCGCCGAACUUCACGCCCUACCAGAACUGUCUGAAGCAGGCCAUCGUAGCGGUCAUUAGCGGGAAUGUUUCGCCCAGAAGAGCGGCCGCCCGGUACAACGUACCCGCGGGCAGGCUGGUGCGCUGGACGCAGAAGGUAAAGCGAGCGAUGAAAAAGAAACCAGAGACGGUAACUGCCAAUGUGCCGCAGAUGGUUGCCGCAUACAUUGACCGGAGCAUACAGGAGUUCAAGCAGCUGCUAGAAACGAGCGAUGCGGACGAACGUGUCAGCUUGCUGAGCGACCCAUCAAAUGUGCUGAUGUACGACGUGCGGAUUAUGCUCGCGAUCCACGACAUCAUGUACACCGGGAUAAGCCUGCGCGAAGCGGUAACGCGGUACAAAAACAGUCUCGGUUUGCUGAGAAACCGGCUGUACAAUCUAAAGAGUCAGCUAAUAACGAACCAUAUUAAGUCGUUCGGAAUCAGAUUGAAAAGUGCGGACAAACAGACAAACGAGCGACAGGCGGCAGGGAAGAAGCGUCGAAGGUUUGAGACGGAGUCGGGGAAGAUUUUGAAAACAGCCGAUCCCUCCCGGUACGAGGAGAGUGUGGCCAAAGCGCUGGAGGCGAUUGGUUACGGUCUAUCUAUCCAGCAAGCCGCAAACCACUUUCGCAUACACAAAAGUGCUCUAUGGCGGCACGCAAAGGCCAAGAACAUAACCUUUCCGCAGGAAAGGACAGUUCUAAGGAAGAAAGCAGCGACAAAAAAAGUUAAACCGAGCGGUGGUGGUUCAAUAGCUGCCUCCUCCUCUGCUACGAACAGUUGCCCCGUAGUGCCGAAGCUGGUACCGUUUGGAAGCACUGGAGCCGUCACCACCGUCGAGCGCGUUAGGGAUCGUGCAGGAGGUGGUGAGAUCGCUCUAGCACCGGCUAGUACGGCGGCUCCUCCGAUUGCUGUGCCAAGUUUGCUUCCCCUGCCCAAGUUGGUUCCGAUUUCGAGCAGCUCGCUGCCGGAGUACGAGGAGCGGAUGGAGGCAGCAAUCGCUAUGAUAUCGAAUCAGAAAAUGAGCUACCGGGAAGCGUCGGUAAAGUACAACAUUCCCAAGGCGACACUGUGGAAGAAGAUAAGUAAGAUGGAGCCGAAGAAGUGAGCCAAGCAAAUGGUGGCAAGCAAGUGAAAGUUGGACAUAAUCUGUGUAGUGUAAGUGGUGCCAAUUAUCGGUAUUAAAUUGUUCUUGCUUGAUGUAAAUUGGACUAAAGUAAUACAUUUUAAUUUUACACUUAAAA